CCGCUCCAGGUGCAGUGGUGGGGACGGCAGGGUCCAAAGCCCGGGGUCCCCGGACAGGGCUGGGGCGCCAUGGCCGAGUCCCAGCUGAGCUGCCUGGACGAGGCGCACGUGAACGAGAAGGUGACCGAGGCGCAGGCCGCCUUCUACUACUGCGAGCGGCGGCGGGCCGCGCUGGAGGCGCUGCUGGGUGGAGGCGAGCAGGCCUACCGCGAGCGGGUCAAGAAGGAGCGGCUGCGGGACUUUCUCUCCAGCCGGGAGCGCCAGGCCCUCCGCGCCUCCUGGAGCCCCUACGAGGAAGCCGUCUCCAAGGCCGGUAGCAAGGCCAAGUCCAAGGCCCCGGCCGAGCCCAGCGAGUCCCUCGCCUAUUGGCCAGACCGCUCGGACACCGAAGUGCCCCCGCUGGACCUGGGAUGGACGGACUCCAGCUUCUACCGCGGCGUGAGCCGUGUCACACUAUUCACCCACCCGCCCAAAGAGGAGAAGGCACCGCACCUGAAACAGGUGGUCAGACAGAUGAUCCAGCAGGCCCAGAAGGUCAUUGCUGUCGUCAUGGAUCUUUUCACUGAUGGGGAUAUAUUCCAAGACAUUGUAGAUGCUGCCUUUAAGCGCCGAGUCCCUGUAUACAUCAUCCUGGAUGAAGCAGGAGUAGGGUACUUUUUGGAGAUGUGUCAGGGCCUGGAACUUGCUGACUUCCGCAUUCGGAACAUCCGUGUCCGCUCUGUGACAGGAGUUGGCUUCUACAUGCCCAUGGGGAAGAUCAAGGGGACUCUCUCAUCGAGGUUCCUGAUGGUGGAUGGAGACAAAGUGGCCACUGGAUCUUACAGCUUUACCUGGAGCUCCUCCUAUGUGGACAGGAAUCUUCUUUUGCUCCUGACAGGGCAGAACGUGGAGCCCUUUGACGUUGAGUUCCGGGAGCUGUAUGCCAUCUCUGAGGAGGUGAACUUGUACAAGCACCUGGGUCUGGCAGGCAGGCUUGGCCUCAACUACUCCUCCACUGUAGCUCGAAAACUUAUCAACCCCAAGUACUCCUUAGUAGCAGGCAGCCGCCCUCCUCCAGGAGAGAUGAUGCGCUGGGCAGUGCGACAGCAGCAGGAAGCUGAUGGCAACGCAGAGGGACAGGAGGGCGGUGGUGGUGGCGAGUCUGCCCGGCGUCUGGAGAGCUUUCUCAAUGAUCUGGCUACAGUAGAACAGAUAUUGCCCACAGUGGAUUCCAUUCCCUCGAGACCAAAGGAUGGCAGGACGGUCUCUCAGGUGCACGGAGACCUGAGGCACAAAUCCCAGAAUGGCAAGGGAGAAGCUGCCAAUGGAGAUGCCAUCCCGGCCAAGGAGGGCAGACGCCUCGGCAGCGGGUUCUUCAGCCGACGAGUGAAGAAGCCUGCCGGGCCGAAUGUGGAGAACUUCUCCACAGACAUUUGUGCUGACGGGGAGUUUCCUCUGGGGAAGAAGCCCAAUGAGGGUUCCAGUGCCAACAUAUCAGGUAAAGUGAUUCCCAGGAUGACCAAGCCUAGCAAAUGUGUGAUCGCCUGAGCUGCAGGGUGGUGGUGGGUGGAACCUGCAGGUGCCCACCCAUCCUGUCCUGUGCUGGGGAGAGCAUGGCCUAUACCCUGCAGUCUCCACCAUGGUCCUUAAGAUCUGAAUCCCGGAUGUCAGGAUCUCAACCAUCACUAUCUCCAGCAGACUGCUAUGGCCGGAAAAGGAGCACUGCUACCUUGUUUAUAUGAAGUAGAAGCCUGGCUAGCAUCUAUUCUCCUUUAUGCCAACCUCCCCUCCACUGGGGCAGCCCUGCCCUACAGGUCCCCUGGUAGGGCAACUGCCAUUCUUCCUACCUUGGAGGACAGGAUGUCCAAGAAAGCCCCAGCCACUUGGCUUUUCCUUGGACUUCUGGUGCUGUCCAGUUCCCAUACCCCAGAGGUUGGCGGGAAAAGGGAAGAAGACAGGACUCAGAGCCAGUUUUGCUCUAGCCAUGUUCCCGAUGCAGCUGGAAUAGUGGGGACAUUGGCUAUUGUGGCCUUAGGGACACCUAUUCCUGCUGGCACCUGAACUAGUCUCUGAGUGGAAUGGGCUGGGGAUGGUGCUACUUUGGCCUCCUUUGGUAGUGGCAGCAUCUGACGGUGGUGAAGAGCCCCUUCCUUCCUGCACUGCCAUAGCCAGCCUGGCCUGAGGGCUCUGGGCCUCCCCGACUGGUGCUGUGGAAAACUGGGGCUCCAUAGAGCGCCUUUCCCCAUGCCUGCGCCUUUCAGUAGGCUUUUGUUUACAGGCCCUGUGAAGGAUGGGGUUGCAGGGGAGGAGGCUGGGCCCAGGAGACAAGAGCAUUUGUGUUUCGUGACGGUUUCUCCCUGAGUAUUUGUGUGGCCUUCACAUACUAGGGCUUCCUCAGUGAAAUUUCAGCCAAAGACUAGCCUUAGCCUCCUGCGAAAUGUCAGGCUGUUCUUAGACGCCUCGGUUUCCCUAAAACAGGGUGGCCUAAUUUACCACAGUACUAGGCCAGGACAACGAGCCCAACUGCCACCUCCCCACACAGUGAACUGUCCAGGUUGAGGGAGAGUGAACAUUGACACAGAAGACACUAUCUAACUGCAGACAGGAUGACAGAGGGCAAAGGGCCACACAGAAGUCUUUCCAUUCCUCUAAACCAAGCUUAUGUCGUCCCCCUUUCUUUCUGAAAAGCCCUUGGGUACCACUAGUGCUGGGAGGGACACAGGCAUCUGCAAAGGCAGCCAGUGAGAGGCAGGGAGGGGGCACUGUGGGCUGUAGAAGUGGGGCAAUACAUGGUGACCUAUGCCUGUGUCAGGCCUCCUGGUUGGUGGGGAAUAAAAGGGAAAAUAAGGAUGGUCUCA